AGAAUAUUGUAAAUCUUCUCUCCCUCUCCCAUUCAUUGUCUCUCUCACGCACGCAUACACGUACGCAUAGAGACAGACACGCAGAGUGAUACGAUUCUUUUGAGAAUCUAUCGGCGGAUUCUACAAGGCUCCUUUGUCCCAGAAACAAUGAACCACCAAUAUGGUGAAGACCAAGAUCGAGUGAGUGUAGCUGGAUUUGAUAUCCCCAACUCUCCCGAAGCAAGUUACAACAACGUCUACCCUGGAAACGAAGACGAGGGGCGAGAACCACCAUCCCUACCUCCCCAUCUGCAGCAUACUUUGUUGAAUCAACCUACGACGAGUGAUCCUUGUGCACCCCUCCCAUCACCACAGAAUGUUACACUAAAUCAUCUUUACAUAGAGAAUCGAGAACCUCCUCGCACAGUAGUUGCACUUGGGGUCACUCAUCGUUUUCGUUCAAAAUUUGUCACGGUUGUGCUGUACAAACCUGUUCCAAGAAGAUGAAGAUAAAGCAGCAGCAGCAGCAGCAGCAGCAAGAGGUGAUUUUCUUGAUCACGGACCUCAUCAUCUUCUUAAUUUGGCCUUUCUUUUAUUUGUAUCCUUGUUUGAGUAGUGGUAGUAGGACUUAGCAAAACUUGAUUGAUUUAGCAUUGAAAUUUAUGUUUCAUCAGGUUGCUGUGGUGAAAAUUUCUGUGUUAUUUAGAAAUUACAUGUGAAGUACAUAAAUAAUUACAGUAUUUAAAUAGUUUGAAAUAGAUCGGAUGCAGUUA